UAUCAAAUAAACGCGCGUUGUGAGGAACCAUCACACGCAGUCUCUCGGUUGUGGCUUGACAAGGUGUACGACGUUAGUGUGGGCAACGAGGAAAGAGACCAAGUCAGCACAAUGCGCUUCACUCUUAUUAGUGUUUUUGCUACUGUGCGUCUUCUGUCACAAUGCGCUUGUACCUGCACUGGCAAAGAGCCUCCGACGGUAUUCUACCCAGUGUUGCUGGCAGGCAGAUCCGUCGAUGGAGCCAAAUCGGUCUACAUCGACGACCAGCUGACCCUGAACCUGGAAAAGACAUCUAUAUUGUCCAAGCCAUUUACGGUUAGAAUACACGAAGGAAAGGUGCCAAGGGACUCAGUCGUUGAUAUACGGGAUAUCGAAGACAACCUCUAUCACGACCCUAAUAAGCUGUCGGCUGUUAUAAUGAGAGAGCGAGACACUGGGAUUGAAAUGGAAGGAAUAAUAAACAAAAGUCAUCGGAUUCAACCCUCGAUCACGAGUGCCCGAUCAGCUGAUGGACAACUCGCCCAUGAAAUGCAUUGUACUGAAGAAGGAGGGCACGACUACGACAAAGAUACAGCAACCGAACUUCGUCCAGAAUGGAGAAGUCUGCCAAUAAAAGCUCGUGAGGAGAGCCAGCUUCAGUUUCCAUCUGCAAUCUACCCGAGCAUGUACGUUGUGUCUGACUACCACCACUCGGGGAAUGUGACGCUAGUGCAACUCCUUCGCUACAUUGCUAUCUUCUAUGCAAGCGUAAACCUGAGAUUGAAGGACCUGUAUGACCCGGCGGUUCAUUUCAACAUCAGAGGGAUAACCAAACUUCAGGAACGACAAACGGAUAUUCUGUCAGAAACCGUUAGAGACGGUCAAACCUACAUGCACAAUGAAGAGACGUUGGUGAGAUUCCGGUACCACUACAUAACAAAAAGUACCGAAGACAUUGCAGUCUUAAUGACGGGAUUGGAUAUGGCCUCUUUUCCAAUGAACGGCGAAUGGACUGCGAACGUAGCCGGACUUGGUUAUUUGGGAGGACUUUGCCGGGCGGGCUACAGCUUCGCCCUCGCAGAAGACACGGCACUCAGCUACAUCGGCAUUCACACUGUUGCACACGAACUGGGCCACUUACUGGGAGCACCACAUGACGGAGAGAAUAAUGCCAGGUCCUGUAAGUUCUCCGAUGGCUACAUUAUGGGCUACAACAACAAAAGCGUCAACCAUUACACCUUUUCUGUGUGCAGUCAAGACACUAUAAGGGCACAUCUCAAGUCUGCAAAUAAACCUUGUGUGGCAGCGAUGGCUACCCCUGGAUACAACGCCCCGAAAGGACUUCCCGGUAAAAAUAUCAAUUUGGACAAGUACUGCAACAUGGUCGAUAAGAAAAUGACAUUCGGCCGCUUGACUGUCGGCGAGGGAUCACGCUGCAACAUGAGGUGCUGCAGAACUAUCUUGAACGGCACUGUAUGGGAUUGUUUCAUUACAAGUGCUCUAGAUGGAUCUACAUGCGAUGCUGCCAAAGGACAUGUUUGCAUUAAUGGCAUAUGCGGCAAAGAAGAGGACCUAGUCAAGCCUAAACGUCAUGGAGGAGCUUAGGACAAACUUGUAGGCGAAAACUGCAAGACGUCUGAACCUCUUAGGAGAGAUGUGUCCCAUGGAGCUUCGAAGUACAUUGCUUCAAUAUUUCACCAUUAGCCAUAUGGAACCGUGAUGUAUCAGUUAACAGUUUAUCGAGACCUAAUAAAAUAAAAUAAUAACA